AUGACAAGCAUCAUAAGUUAUGGUACAAUUUUCCCCAUAAUAUUUCUUCUGAAAAGAUUGACUUUCUGCAAAAAUAAUAUUAUUCCACAUACCUUUUGUGAACACAUAGGCUUGGCAAAAUAUGCUUGUAACAAUAUCCGGGUAACCAGUUGGUAUGGGUUGUUUGUCCUCUUGUCAACAGUGGCCUUAGAUGUUGUGUUGAUUUUCGUUUCCUAUGUGCUGAUCCUCCGUGCUAUCUUCAGCAUGCCCUCCCAGGAUGCUCGCCACAAAGCUCUCAACACUUGUGGCUCCCAUGUUUGCAUCAUUAUCCUCUUCUAUGGGCCUGGGAUCUUCACAACUCUUACUCAGAGGUUUGGGCGCCACAUCCCACCUCAUAUCCACAUCCUGCUGGCUAAUGUCUGCAUUUUGGCCCCACCUAUGUUGAAUCCUAUCAUUUAUGGAAUCAAGACCAAGCAAAUCCAGGAGCAGGUGGUUCAUAUCUUGUUUACAAAACAUAAGUGA